AUGGACAGAGUCCAGUGCCUAGAACUCAUCCAAUCUUGCAAGAGCUUGGCUUUGGCUGAGGAUCUGCAUGCCAGUAACAGUGCCAAAACUGAUGAUGUUUUCCUGUGCAACAAGCUCAUCGCAAUGUACACGAGGUGUGGAAGCUCAUUGCACGCCAAACGAGUUUUUGAUACCAUGGUUUCCAGGGAUGUCUACUCUUGGGAUUUCAUGAUGAAUGCUUACUCGAAGUAUGGCAGCCUUGAGAAUGCAAAGGGAUUCUUUGAUUCGAUGCCCCAGAGAACUACUGUUUCUUGGGUUGCAAUGUUAAGCUCAUAUGCCCGUGCUGGGCAUCUAGAGGAAGCCGAAAAUACCUUUGCAAGGAUGCCAGAUGCAAAUACAGUGGCUUGCAACUGCAUGAUUGACGCGUACGUUCAUCAUGGAUUUCUUGAAAAGGCUAAAAUUUUGUUCGAUAGAAUGCCAAGGCAAACAUUAGUUGCUUGGAACACUAUGCUUGUUGCAUAUGCCCACAGAGGGCACCUUGUUCUUGCCAAGAGAAUGUUUUACACGAUGCCACUACGAGAUCUAAUCUCUUGGACGGCCAUGUUCAACGCAUAUGUGCAGAACGGGAUUGUUGAAAUUGCGAAAAAUUUUGUUGAUCUCAUGCCGGAAUGGGAUCUCGUAUCGUGGACAGCAGUGCUCACUGCGUAUGUGAAGAGAGGAAACAUUUCUGAAGCCAAGCAAACUUUUGAUCAGAUGCCGUUUAGAAACUUGGUGUCAUGGACGUGCUUGCUGGACGCAUUUUUACAGGUCAAAGACUUACAAGCUGUUAAAGAAACGUUCAGAGCAAUGCCGGAGCACGAUCUUGUAGCUUGGAAUGCAAUGCUCUCUGCAUGUGCCCAUCUUGGAGAUCUGCAAAACGCGGAGAUAAUCUUUGAAGCUAUGCCCGAACGAACAAUGGCUUCUUGGAAUGCAAUGCUUUCAGCGUAUGUGCAUGACGAUAAGUUAGAAGAAGCAAGAGUGAUUUUUGAUAGUGAGCCGAAACACGAUCUGGUUUCAUGGACAAGUAUACUGUGUGCUUAUGCCCAAAACGGGCAUCUGGAUGAAGCAAAGAAUAUCUUUGAAAUGAUGCCACAAAAGACAAUAGAGGCGGCAAAUGCAAUGCUCUCAGCUCUUGCACAAAAUAAGUACCUGUCGGAAUUUAGAGAACUUUUUGUAAAGAUGCCACAGCAUAGUACAAUGUCGUGGAAUGCUCUUUUGUCAGCAAAUGCACUAAACGGGCACUUGGAGGAAACAAGAAUGGUUUUCGACAUGAUGCCUGGAAAGGACCGGAUUUCCUGGAAUACAAUACUCUCAAUAGAGGCCCAGAAAGGGAUGAUAAGUAGAGCCAAGGAAAUCUUCCAGUAUGAAAUGCCAGAGUGGGAUGUUGUGUCUAGCACUGUAAUGAUCUCUACUUUCUCCAAAAGCGGCAAGUUUGGAGAGGCCAAGCAGCUUUUCGACACAAUGCCAUUUCAAGAUUCAGUCUCUUCAACAGCCAUGGUUCUCAACUUUGGCCAAAAUGGACAAGUAGAAGAUGCUAAGAGCUUGUUUGAAAGAAUCUCUCCGAAAGACAGAGAUGUUGUGUGCUGGAAUGUGAUGUUUGCAACUUAUGCCCAAAAUGGACAUCUUCUGGAUGCAAGGGAAGUGUUCAACGACAUGCCACGGAAGGACACAGCCUCCUGGACUGCAAUGUUGUCUCUCUAUGCUCAAACCGGCCACCCCUUGCAUUGUAGAAAGCUCUUGCUUGAGAUGCCCGAGAGGUGCUUGGUCGCUUGGAGCUCGUUGCUAGCCAGCUGUGUUUGUAGUGGUAACUUUAGUGAAGCAUUGGAUGCAUUUUACAAUUUGAGAGACGAUUGCUUUCUUCCGGAUGAGAUUUGCUUCAUGUCUGCCCUAGCGGCAUGCAGCCAAGUAGGCAAGGUUUAUCUUGGUAGAUGCUUGUUUGUGUCUAUGAGGGUUGACUAUGGGCUGCAAGCAUUGAAGCAGCACUACAGUUGCAUGAUUGAUCUCUUGAGCCGUGCAGGGCAUUUGCGUGAGGCUGGCGAGUUGACAUCAUGCAUGCCAUUUGUUCCAGAAGUUUUGGAGUGGUGUUGUUUGCUUAAUGGGUGUAAAAUCUACGGCAACCUUGAGUUGGGAGCCUUUGCUGCUAAGCAUGUCACAGAGCUGGACCCAAAGCUCAACAUGGCAUAUAUUCUCACGGCCAAUGCUUUUUCAGUCCUAGACAUCGUGAUCUUUCGCUACGACGAACUACCCAGAGUGCUUGAAGUUACGUUUUUGUUUGCUUCCAGAUCACAAUCGUACAAGAAGCGUGGGGCUGACGGACUUAUCCAGGACUGGCGCUGGCCACUGCCGAAUUUGCCUCCAUGA